AUGAGACAAUCAAAUCAGACACAGGUGACUGAAUUCCUCCUUCUGGGACUCUCUGAUGACCCCCACACCCAGAAGCUGCUAUUCAUUGUAUUCCUGGGUGUCUACCUGGUCACUGUACUUGCAAAUCUGCUUCUCAUGUGCCUUGUGCAGGUUGACUCCCGGCUUCACACACCCAUGUAUUUUUUCCUUUGCAACUUAUCUCUGGCUGACCUCUGUUUUUCUACCAACAUCGUUCCUCAGGCCCUAGUCCACCUGCAAUCCAGGAAGAAGGUCAUUUCAUUCACACGUUGUGCAGCUCAACUUGCACUCUUCCUAAUUUUCGGGGGUACACAGUGUGCCUUUCUGGCAGUGAUGUCCUAUGAUCGGUACGUGGCCAUCUGCAACCCUCUGCAUUACCCUAGCAUCAUGACGUGGAGGGUGUGUGUCCAGCUGGCUGCAGGAUCAUGGACCAGUGGCAUUCUGGUGUCUGUGGUGGAUACCACUUUUAUACUAAGGCUACCCUACCGAGGCAGCAAUAGUAUUGCUCAU